GGGCGGGGCCAGCAGAGGGCGGGAGCCCGGGAGCGGCGGCCGCGGGCCGCAGGCUGCGGCGGCCGAGCCAUGAGCUGGACCUGCCCACGCUGCCAGCUGCCGGUCUUCUUCGCGGAGAAGGUGAGCUCCCUGGGCCAGAACUGGCAUCCUUUCUGCCUGAAAUGUGAGCGCUGUCACAACGUCCUGUGCCCAGGAGGACACGCAGAGCACAAAGGGAGGCCGUACUGUCACAGGCCGUGCUAUGGGGCGCUCUUCGGACCCAGGGGGGUGAACCUCAGUGUCCUGGGCUCCUACCUCUACAGUCCCCCUACGCCCACCCCUGCCCGGCGUGCUCCCCUCAGCCCUAGCAGCUUUAGCCCACCCAGGCCCCGGACUGGGCCCCCACGGGCCAAGAAAAGCCCCCCGCACAUAAAGACAUUCACUGGGGAGCCCUCGCCGUGCCCCAGCUGUGAGGAACCUGUGUAUUUUGCUGAGAGUGUGAUGUCUUUGGGCAGAAACUGGCACCGGCCCUGUCUGAGGUGCCAGCGCUGCCGGAAGACGCUAACGGCAGGGAGACACGCCGAGCAUGACGGCGUCCCCUACUGCCACAUUCCCUGCUACGGCUACCUGUUUGGGCCCAAAGGUGUGAAUAUUGGUGACGUGGGCUGCUACAUCUAUGACCCGGUGGAGAUAAAAUCCGAAUGAGGUGCUCACAGAGCAGCGAUCACCUGGACUCAGGUCUCCCGCCAUGCCCCCUGGCCCCGUGGGAGUCACCAAUUCUUCAGUCCAAAGCGGGUGAGAGAAGGUGGGAUUCAGGUGGCCUGGGCCCACGCUGCAGGGCAGGCCCAUGUGGACCUCCUCUGACAUGGCAUCCCCUUCCCUUCCCUUCCCAGUGUCCCGUGGGGACACUAGGCUGGCCACCUGGUUUGCCCACUCCCUUUCCCCAACAAACCCUGGACUGUCAAGGUACUCAUAAAACUUGUGUUUAUUCUCA